AGUCUGUGUCUUCCUGAGGUCCUUGUGCCCUCCUGGACAGGACACUGCGCUUGGUGCUAUUGUCACCAGGAAGAGAGACUUUAUUUCUGUAGUCUGGCUUAUGCUGUAUGUGGAGAUGCUGCUGACUGGUUCCCAGUCCUGAGCUCACACCACUGUUCUGGGGACUCUUCCGUGAGGAGGAGAGCCCUUCCCAGCCCAGCAGUCCUGGCACGUUACUUUCCUCUGCCCUUUUGUCCUGGUGUCUGGGUGCAGGCAGUUCUUGAAAGUCCAUUUAUCAGACACAGACAGGUACAAGUUGUGCUCUCACUGGCACACUCAAAGGAGAGGCGAUGGUUUUCAGAGGUCUCUGCUUCCUGCUCAGACAUUCGAGUAAUUCUGUGGUCUGGUCAGUGUUGGACAGAGGAGAAGAAACCUGUUUGUGCUCUGGGUGGCCUCCCACACUGUCCUCUGUGUUGACACUGCGUGUCACUGGGAGAGGGCACAAAAACCAAUGUAGGUGGGUUGCCUGAUGCUCUUGAAAGAUAAACUGUCCUUUGCCAUCGCAGGGUGGGAGACCCUGUGCCUGUACCAGAACCACUGACAGGCAUGAUGGGGCUACUGCACUGGAGGAAACACUUCCUUCUGUUUGUUUUACUUGUCAUGGAUGACAGAAUUUCAAGCCAGUGAAGUAUAUUGUGACACUGUGACCAUGGUUGUGUGAUCCCUGCUGCACAAACUUGGCAGGGGAAAGGAUGAGGUGGGAUCUGAGGCAACGCACCAACAACACUGCAUGCCUAAAUCCAUGGGUAAUAUAUUGAUCUAAUCAUAGGAAGGGUGAUGCUUAACUUCUGGCAGGUCAGAGGCAGCACUUAGUGGGUUCCUCUGCUCGCGGACACCGCAGUUGCAAGUGCAGAAAAUGUAAUUUCUGUUUCUUUCUGCAGCCCAGACAUACCUGGUCGGAGUGCUUUCUGGUCCGGGACAAGCUGAACUGAAAAUGGCUGAUGUGGGGGAAUGGGAUUGCUACAGCUCAUCUCUGGGAAGGAGAAAAGCAGAAUUACCCACAGAUUUCUUAGUAGAGGGAACAAUUUUAACCCUGCUCGCUCACUUCCUUAAGUAGCAGUAAAAUUGCUGGAGAAGGAACUGCUUGUCAAGGGCAGGGCAUGACUCUGCCUUGGCAUCACGUGCUGCGGCUGUGCUUAGCUCUGAAUUUACCUGUCUGCUCGUCCAGACAGGCAGGAGGAGCAGAGACCUGGGAGCCAACUGCUCCCCGCAGGCUGCCCGGGCACCCGCUGCAGCUUGGUGCUUUUGCCUCUUCUAACCUGUGGCUGCUGCAUUUCUACUUCUCCUUCAGUCAGCUGAUAGAGAUUGACUGAGAAAUCACUGCUUUGCCUGUGGCUGUUCAGGAAACUGAAGUUUGCCAGGAGUGCCUGGGCCGGAGAGAGGUAUGGGUGCACGGGCUGGACUUCAGCACGGCUGAAAGGUGGCUCCAUGUCCCAGCUCCAGAGCUCCUGGGAAAUGCACCAGCAGAGCGUGGCAUAUCUUCCUGAUACAGACAUGGAGACCAUGGCUGCUAGCACCUCGCUUUCCGACCCAGCUGGUGAGUUCGACAAGAACAUGCCCCGUAUCUGUGGCGUCUGUGGGGACAGAGCCACUGGCUUUCACUUCAAUGCCAUGACCUGUGAAGGCUGCAAGGGCUUCUUCAGGAGAAGCAUGAAGAGGAAAGCGAUGUUCACGUGCCCGUUCAACGGUGACUGCAAAAUCACUAAGGAUAACCGGCGGCACUGCCAGGCGUGUCGGCUGAAGCGCUGCGUGGACAUCGGCAUGAUGAAAGAGUUCAUCCUGACGGACGAGGAGGUUCAGAGGAAGCGUGAAAUGAUACUGAAGCGCAAGGAGGAGGAAGCACUCAAGGAGAGCCUGAAGCCCAAACUCUCAGAGGAGCAGCAGAAAGUCAUCGACAUCCUCCUCGAGGCUCAUCGCAAAACCUACGACCCCACAUAUGCCGACUUCAACAAGUUUCGGCCCCCUGUGAGAAGCAACCCUGGCAACAGGGGGGCAGCAAGGUCCUCCUCCAUCCUCACCCAGGACUUGUCGUCAGAGGACUCCACCGACCUCUUUGGCUCUGAUGCCUUCAGCACAUUUCCAGAGUCUGUGGAGCCCCAGAUGUUUUCGAACCUGGUCCUCUCUGAGGAGAACGAUGAGACCACCUCCAUGAAUAUCGACUUCUCCCACCUCUCCAUGCUCCCGCACUUGGCCGACCUGGUCAGCUACAGCAUACAGAAGGUGAUCGGCUUUGCCAAAAUGAUCCCGGGAUUCAGGGACCUGACAGCAGAGGACCAGAUUGUCCUGCUGAAAUCCAGCGCCAUCGAGGUGAUCAUGCUGCGCUCGAACCAGUCCUUCACCCUCGAGGACAUGUCGUGGACCUGCGGCAGCAACGACUUCAAGUACAGGAUCAGCGAUGUCACCCAGGCCGGCCACAGCAUGGACCUCCUCGAGCCGCUUGUGAAAUUCCAGGUUGGCUUGAAGAAGCUGAACCUCCACGAAGAAGAGCACGUGCUCCUCAUGGCCAUCUGCAUCCUGUCCCCAGAUCGCCCAGGCGUGCAGGACACCUCACUGGUGGAAUCCCUUCAGGAUCGCCUCUCGGAGAUCCUCCAGACCUACAUCCGCUGCAGGCACCCUCCUCCCGGCAGCCGCCUGCUCUACGCCAAGAUGAUCCAGAAGCUGGCCGACCUGCGGAGCCUGAACGAGGAGCACUCCAAGCAGUACCGCUGCCUCUCCUUCCAGCCCGAGCACAGCAUGCAGCUCACGCCGCUGGUGCUCGAGGUCUUCGGCAACGAGAUAUCCUGAGUCUGGCCGCGGGGCCGAGCACCCCCCAGUAAAGGGAUAAGUCAGCCUGGCCACCCCGAGGCAGCGAGCAGAGAGAUGUGGCCCUGGGCAGGAGUUCUGUGCACGGGCAGUUUGGUUUCACACUACUGGAGGCCCUGCUUUGUCUUCUCAUCCCCAGCAGCCGAGGUUUCGCUUGCUUCGGAGCACUGACAGACCCAGACCCCUGUGGUUCCCCCACUCCCUGCGCAGCUUUUCUGCUUCCCUGCCGCCUGCGAGAGCUGACUUAUCCCUUUAUGGACAGCGUGAGGCUGGGCCGCCUCGAGUCACUUAGUUCUUGAGCUGAAAAGUCGGGCUGCUUGGAAGGGGGUGGUUUGUGUGGGAGACGGACUCGCUGCUCCCCUGCAGCACCUGCCCCUCUCCGUCCCCAAAGGGAGACGCCAACUGAGCUGCAUGUGCCGAACGCUGGCAGGGACGGCCGCGGGCCGUGUCCCCACGCCUGUGACCAGCUCGGUCUGCGCCGCUGUGAGGCCAGAGACACCCGCGUCAGCCCCGAGAGGGGAGAUUUGCCCUCAGCCCCCCACGGAAGGUGCUGAGGGAGCCGUGACAGCCGUGACUCACGUUCCCCAGGCCACAGCCUGGUGUGGGGCAGCCGGGCUGGCUCAGGGCGAUGCUGGAGCCGAGCCCCGUUGCCCACGACCGCCCCACAGCCUGCAAUGGCCUUGCGGUCCCGACUGCGGUCCCGGCUUGGCUUUGGCACCUUGUGGUGUCCUGUGCCCUGCUGGGACCGGGCACCAUCCCCCCUCGGUGCCGCCACCCCUGCUCGGUGCCACCGUACCCACACAGUGCCACUGUACCCGCUCGGUGCCCCCCGGGACUGGGGGUGGGAGCCCCCCGGGCCCUGCACCGUGUUGGGGAGGGGACCCAGCUCCUCGCAAAUAAACUCUUGCUUGGGAACAG